ACCUGUGUGGAAGCGAACUUGGAAGUCUCAGUCAAGAUUGGCCACGACGGGUGGUCCUCCCUGCUGUCAGACUUCUGACAUGUCCUGUCCUGUCUCCUGAGAGACUGGCUUUAGGAGCUUGAGUCAAUCAAGCUGAGCCAACGGACGGAGCCCAUCCAAUAGCUACUCUGGAAUGACUCGCAUCGUUCAUUCCACUGAGGUUUCGCGAAUAUAGCAAUGAGGCCUAGUCACCUGUCAGGCUCUUGAUUCAAUUCGCCAAAUGCGGUAAUUGGUAACCAGCCAUUCACUCCCUGAAUGUCCGCGCUCCGCCGCGUCUUUUAGGGAAGUCUUCCUGGUUCGCCACGUCAGCAGGUAAUCCCACGCUGACGAUCCCGGAUCCCAGGCCCCAAUGACAGAUCAACUUCGCCGCAUUAGUCAGACGCUAGAUGUAACGCGCGGAUCCACCUGAUGCAGUACGCACUGCGCUUCUGACGGACGGCUCCCGCGAAGGGCGGAGUAGCCGCCGAAUCCAUCCGUCCAUCCAUCCAUUUGUCGAUCCAUCCACCCAUCCAUCAAGCAGCCAGUCAGUCACGACAGAUUAGAUUCGGAAGGACCCGGUUUUGUUGGCGAUUUCCCGCUGGGAGCGACGCAGCACCCCAGCGGCAUCAUGAUGACCCGGGAUCCCGGGCGCGCGCCGCGCUGCAGUGUGGGCGUGGUGGUGGCGUCCGCGUUAGUAGCCGUCUUCCUGGGGUGCAGCUUCGUGACGUGGAUCCGUGACGUCAGCCAGGACAGCACGGUGCGGCGGAUGAUCGAGGCGCACGUGCGCGAGCAGCAGCGCGUGGCGGCAUUGUACGAAGACCACAUCGCAGCCGUGUACCCCCUCGUGUCCACCUUCUCGCACCCCACGCGACGCAGCACGCCCCCCCGGCGAGCGUGGGUGGAGCGCAUGGGGCACAGGGGCCCCGCGCACGUGUGCCAGUACGCGGAGGCAGAGGUGCGCGAGGCGCUGGCGCGGCCGCACAGCUGCGGACCGGGGGAGGCGCGGUACUUCUACGCGGGCGUGUGGAUGACCUGGGAGUUCCUGAGAUACGAGGCGAUGGUGUGUGUGAUGGCGUGCUCGUACCGCGAGGUGCUGCAGUGCUCUAAAGCCCGGCCCUGCAUCCAUGCCUUUCACCUGAGACGAUCAGAGUCAGAUCUAGCGACGCUGCACCGGCUGUACGACGGGGACCCCCUGCCGGUGCUGCAGCCAGACCUGGGGGUGCGCACCGUGCUCGAUGCCGGAGCUGGCGCCGGCAUCCUCUCCGUCCUCCUCGCCUGCAUGUACCCAACAGCAGUAUUGGUGGCCACAGAAGCCUCCGAGUCUGGCUUCCGCGCGCUCUCCCUCAACACGGCGCCUUACGAUAACGCCAUUGCGCUGAGGGCGGCGCUGUGGUCGCACGUGACGUCCCUCGUGCUGCGGGUGGAAGCGGGCUGCUCGCGAUUCAUCGAAGUGGAGCAGCAUGCCGCGGGCUCUCUCCUCAACGCAUCCUCAUCAGCAGCAGUCACCGGGCUAUCGGGCUCGUUCCUCCUCCAAUUCCUGGGGCUGCGGCGCUUCGACGUGGUGCGCAUCAACAUGGAGGGCAAUGCGCGCGUGCUGCUCAACCUGCACGCGCCGCACGACUCCAUGUGGCUCCUCGCAGGGCCCCGCCUCGUCGCCUUCGACUCGCGCCCCGAGAUCCUCGCGCUCACCCUCCCUGCCGAUGCCUCCCAAUCCUCGCCCGCUGCUGCUGCACGCCCCCUCGUUGCGGCGUUUUACGGGGCGCAGUCCCCCCCAGCGUAUCAAGAGGUGAAGGAGGGGAUCGGAGCAGAGUACAUAGUGUUUCGGAGACGGACCAGCGGAUGAGCAGUCACGUUCCAUAGUGUCACGUGACUUACUAUAGUGUCACGAACCAGAGUCUCACAUACCAUUGGUGCCUUUGGUCCUCUUGGUAGUGUCACCUUGGUGGGAGUGGCAAGGCAUGGUGUGGUGACCAGCAUGGCAAGCAGCAUGGGAUGGGGCGUAGGAUGGGAUGGAGACAGUAGGGGCGGAUGGCACACCGGUUGGCCCCCUGUGCGCCGGGCUCGCACAUGGUGUGCAUGCCGUGUCAUGCCGUGUCAUGCAUAGCGCUGCCAGCAGUGGAUGAAACCGAGAUGCCGUGCUGCAGAGCUCCCAUUCAGACCGGAUCUGAUUAUUGGAGGCUUCGUCGUGGCUGUGGUGUGUUGCCCUGCUUGCGUGUUGCUCACUCUCUAGCAAAGGCUAGUUAGGUAUGGUGGCUCUCUGAACACGAGUGUUGCUUGCGCAAGGGACUACGAUGCCCACCUGCCAGCCGGCCCAUGCAAUCUGCUCUGGCAACAGAACAAGUAUUUCUGAUUCCUGAUCUGG